AUGGCUUCUUCUUCAGCCUUCAUAACUAGGACUCGAAUCACGCACACUCACCACCAUGGAUUGAAGCUCAAGCACCUCCUCAAGGCAGCUCCUGAAGGACCUCCUUCUGAGUUGAUAGAAGAUUCAAAGUUUGUUCCUCUAAAUCCCGAUGAUCCUACUUUUGGUCCACCAGCUAUGUUAUUGACUGGUUUUCAAGUGGAUGAGGUUGUGAAGAUACAGAAGUUUUUGAAAGAGUUGGAAGGUGAAUUUGUAGAGGUUAUCUUUUGCACCGAAGACAUGAUGAAGGGGUCUCUUUGGGAAGCUGUAAAUACCAAACAGUCAAACCUUGAAGCUUCAAAGAUUGCGAAAUCUCUUCCAAGGAUUUGUUUUUUAUCUGGUCUUACAGGAGAGGAGAUGAUGAUGUUCAUUGAUGCUUUUCCGGAAUCCGGAUUAGAAGGAGCAGUGUUUGCAGCUGUUGUACCCAAUAGUGCUGAUAAACCACUACAAGAGGUGAUGGAAGAAAUCAUGGGCGAUCAUGAGAUGAUGAAAUCAAGAGAAUCAAGCUAGAGAUAUCAAAGAUAAAUCAGCAUUUGAUUGUGGGUCAGAAAUCUUGUAACGAAAAGACUUGUGACCAUUGUAAUAUACUGUAUGUUAUAUGGAUAUGUCAUGUCAAAUUCAUAACUAUGGAAUGUGCAAGUAGAUAUUUUUUACCAUUUAUAAUAGGUAAAUAAAGGUCUAGUAGUUUCCAUUUCUCCCUUAUUAUAUAGC